GUCCAUCAUUCAUCAGGCAGACCUUUGCAGCCAGGCCUUCUCCUUGCAUUGCCUUGCCUUUGGGUCUGGGUUCAAGGAUGGCCACCAGGCUCUUCGAGGGCAAGGACCAUGCUGUUUUCUACCAGAAAUACCGGUUCUCAGUCCAAGAGAACCUGAGGAAGCUGAUCUUCUCCUUCAUGGAGAGAAAGGUGAAGUCCUUCGGUCUGGCGGUGGAUGUGGGAUGCGGUUCAGGCCAAUGCACCCACCUGCUGGCAAAGCGUUUCGACAAGGUGAUCGGAACAGACAUCAGCGAAGCUCAGAUCGAGGAGGCCAAGGCGGCCCCCCACCCCGAAAACGUCUCCUACCUUGCAUGCCCUGCGGAAGAGGUUCCCGUUGAGGAUCACUCGGUGGACCUUGUCGCAGCUUUCACGGCGGCCCACUGGUUCGAUAUCCCCCGGUUCAUGAAGGAAGUGAGGCGGAUCCUCAAGCCCUCUGGCUGCAUGAUCCUGUCUUCUAAUACCCUCGACAUGCGGCUGCACUACGGGGAUUGUAGCGAGAAGCUAACCGAGAUCUUUAGGGAGUUUCUAGACCAAGUCGCUCCCUAUGCAAGUGAAAAAGUCCAGUUUGUCAUGAGUGAUUAUAAAGAAAUAUUUGAUGCUGUGCCCUUUCAGGACAAAGAGAGGAUCACGGAUAUUUUUGACAAAGUCCCUAUGACUGUGGCUGAGCUGAUUGGAUACAUCCAGUCCUUUUCCACGUACCAAACCUUUCUGAAAGCCCAGCCCGAGAAGGCCAGAUCUCUUGUGCAGAACUCUGAACAACGAAUCAUGGAGACCAUGGGAGUUACUUCUCGUGAAACGCCGCUGUACCUUUGCACUCGGCAUGUCUGUGUCCUGGCUUGUAGGAGCUCUGAAAAGUGAUGCAGAUACAGAUGAGGACCACAGUGCCUACAGAAAAGGGGUGCUCUGUUCGAACCCUGACAACAUUCCUGUAAAAACUAAUAAACCAUUUAUUCCAAGAA